AUGAUCAAUCUCAAGCGUACGUCAAACCUCAACCAAUCACUUUCGGGUUAAGCCACGUCGUUACUAACGAAACUAACCCACCGCGAAACCAGAAGUGAAGAAGGAAAUCGCGUCAUGUAAAAACACCCAAGAACUCAACGCAUUGCUCCAUGCAUACAGCCACCACGACGUCUUCAACCCAUCAUCAUCAUCAUCAUCGAGCAGCACCGCGAAUCUCAAGCCGUCGUACAUCAAGAAGAAAGAAUCGGAGGAACUUAAUCAAGUCCAAGCAUGGAUACAAAGCAAGCGGAACGAGUUGAGUCACGUGCAGUUUGAAUUUCAAGGCGAGCCGCAACCUCCGCAAUUCUCCACCCCCACGAGCACCAUCACCGUGGCUCCGUCGUUCGAGAGUAAUGGGGUAUCGGUAGUGGACACGAGACGAGAGCUCCGGGGUGAUCAUGUUCACGUAGCGAGGUUUCGAGGGAGCGUGAUGCAUCUCGCGUGCAAAUCCGCCAAUUUGUCGCAUGGCGAACGUUGCAUCGUGCGGGUUAACUGCUCGGGCCCCGUGUUGGUUCAGAAUGUCGCCAGGUGCAUUUUGGUCUUAUCGUGCCAUCAAGCUCGCUUGCAUCACGUGUGCGAUUGUGUUGUGGUUGUUUUGAGUGGGAAAGGAGGGAUCAUUGUUGAGAAUUGCAAGCGGUUGAAAGUGAACGCGGGUGUUAAAGUUGAGGAUUUCAAUCAUCCGCUGCGCGACCCGGGGUUUCACAUCUUGAGCGAGGUGGAGGUUGGGGUAGUGGUUGCGUUGGAGGACGUGACGGGUGUGGAUGCCUUGUGUAGAUGA